AGCGGACUCGGAGGCCUCGGAGCCGCCGUCGAUUCAGUCGCUCGCCGCAGCUCGACCGAGCAAGUCGCACAGCCGCGUGCGCCCACGAGACCGAGCACAACAGACUUUUCCGAGUUCAAACACGCAGCGUAACCGCUCCGAGAGCUACGAGAUAGAGAGACCGCCCCUACAGUCGCCGAGUCGCCAAGCAUCCUAGUGCGUGUCCGCGAGUGCCGAAGGCCAGCGGGAGAACGAGUUUCGAACAAAGUGCGCGUCCGCCUCUAUGCUGUGCGCGCUGUCCAAGAAUCGUCGGCGGCGCCGCGCGAGUGAAUCGUGCAGUUACUCGGACUGAGAAGAAAGAGAGAAAGACAGGGGCAGGAAGGGGAAACAUCGAGAUAGGAAGGGGAGAUCGUGGCCGACUCGCCGACUCGCGGAUGAUGAGAUCGUGACGAGCGUGCAGCAGAGCUCCCCGGCCUCUCCGACAAUUCAGCGGCAGCAGCCCUCAGCGCAGCCAUGGAGUCCAGCGCCCGCUGCAAGGUCCUGCUGGCGCUCCUGCUGCUGCUGCUGCUGCAGGCCUCGGGCCUCGCACGCGCCCGAAGCAUCAGCAGCCUCGAGGCCCCGCGCGGCUGCAGCUGGCGCCGCGACAACUCCUCCGAGGACGCGCCCGCGCACCAGAGCGGUCUCCUCUGCCGGGUGCGCAACAUCGCCAGCGCGGCCAGCCUCCUCGGCAACCUCUCGGGCCUGCAGGCCGAGAGCGUGAGCUCGCUGCAGCUCGAGUGUGGCGAGCCGCUCCACUACGAGAGCCAGUUCGAGCCGAUCGGCACCGGCUUCCUCUCCGCGCUGCCCCGGCUCGAGCGGCUCGAGCUCGAGCACUGCCGGCUGCGCAACCUGCCCGCCGGCGCGUUCGCCGCGGCGCCCGCGCUCCGCCGACUCGCCAUCCGCGCCCCCGGCGCCGACUGGUCCUCCGCGCUCGGCAUGGACCUGCACCGGGACGCGCUGCGCGGCCUGCCCGAGCUCCUCGAGCUGGAGCUCGCCGAUAGCAACAUCUGGUCCCUGCCGGCCGAGUUCCUCUGCCCGGCGGCCGGGCUCCGGCUGCUCAACCUCACGCGCAACAGGCUGCAGGAGCUGGCCUCGCUCGGCCUCGCAGAGCCCUCCAGCGCCAACUGCGCCCAGAGCCUCGAGAGCCUCGACCUCAGCGGCAACGAGCUGAGCGCCCUGCCGGAGCACGCGUUCGCGGGCUUGCGCGGCCUAGGCGUGCUGCGGCUCCAGGACAACGCCAUCGCCGCGGUCGGCGACCACGCGCUCGCCGGCCUCCACGGGCUGCGCUCGCUCAACAUCUCGAGCAACCGACUGGUCGCCCUGCCGCCCGAGCUCUUCGCCCGCACGCGCGAGCUGCGCGAGCUCGUGCUCAGCAACAACUCCCUCGCGGUGCUGGCCCCCGGCCUGCUCGACGGGCUGCAGCAGCUCCAGUCGCUCGACCUCUCGCGCAACGAGCUCACCAGCCGCUGGGUGAACCGGGACACCUUCGCGCGCCUCGGCCGGCUCGCGCUCCUCGACCUCUCCUACAACGCCCUCAGCAAGAUCGACGCCCAGGUCUUCCGCGGGCUCGGCCAGCUGCAGGUGCUCAACCUCGAGCACAACCGCAUCGACAGCCUGGCCGACGAGUGCUUCGGCUCGCUCGGCAGCCUGCGCUGGCUCUCGCUCUCGCACAACAGACUCGUGCGCUUCGAGGCCGCGCACAGCCGGGGCCUGGCCCAGCUGAACCAGCUCUUCCUCGACGACAACAAGCUGCAGUUCGUGCACCAGGCGGCCUUCCGCAACCUCAGCCGGCUGCAGGACCUCACGCUCAACGGCAACGGGCUGAGCGCCGUGCCGGAGGCGGUGCGCGAGCUCCGCGAGCUGCAGACCAUCGACCUCGGCAACAACCGCAUCGCCGACAUCGGCCACGACACCUUCCACGGCCUCGACAAGCUCUUCGGGCUGCGCCUCGUCGACAACAAGCUGGAGAACAUAUCGCGCAAGGCCUUCGCCAGCCUGCCCUCGCUGCAGAUCUUGAACCUCGGCAGCAACGCCAUCCGGCACGUCGAGCAGGCGGCCUUCGCGCGCAACGCCCACCUCAAGGCCAUCCGGCUGGACGACAACCAGCUGACCGAGAUGCACGGCCUCUUCCGCGACCUGGCCCACCUGGUCUUCCUCAACAUCUCGGACAACAAGCUGCUCUGGUUCAACUACGGCGACCUGCCGGCCAGCCUCGAGUGGCUGGACAUCCACUCGAACCAGAUCAGCGAGCUGAGCAGCGACUUCUCGGCGGGCAGCGGCGUCGGCGGGCUGAACGAGCUGCGCAUCAGCGAGCUCGACGCCAGCUUCAACCGCAUCGAGGAGAUCGGCGAGGGCUCGCUGCCCAACAGCGUGGAGAAGCUCUACCUGAACAACAACCGGAUCCGCACCGUGGCGCCGGCCACCUUCAUGCAGAAGACCCGGCUGAAGAAGGUCGCGCUCCAGGCGAACGAGAUCCGGCACCUGGACGCGGCGGCGAUCGAGCUGCAGCCGGUGCCGAGCGAGCGCGAGCUGCCGCAGUUCUUCAUCGGCGAGAACCCGCUGCUCUGCGACUGCACGAUGGAGUGGCUGCUGCGCAUCAACGAGCUCUCGCGCAGCCGGCAGCACCCGCGCGUCCUCGACCUCGAGGAGGUCAGCUGCGACAUGGUGCACGGCCGCGCGGCCCCCAAGCGGCCCCUGCUCUCGCUCAAGUCCAAGGACUUCGUCUGCCGCUACCAGAGCCACUGCUUCGCCAUCUGCCACUGCUGCGACUUCGACGCCUGCGACUGCGAGAUGACCUGCCCGGACAACUGCAGCUGCUACCACGACCACAGCUGGUCCAGCAACGUCGUCGACUGCUCGAACGCCGGCUACCGCUUCGUGCCCGAGCGCAUCCCCAUGGACGCGACCGAGAUCUACCUGGACGGCAACGAGCUCGGCGAGCUCGGCAGCCACCUCUUCAUCGGCAAGCGCAAGCUCGAGGUGCUCUUCCUCAACAACAGCGGCAUCUCCGGCCUGCACAACCGCACCUUCAACGGCGCCGAGUCCCUCAAGGUGCUGCACCUCGAGUCGAACGCGCUGCGCGAGCUCAAGGGCUUCGAGUUCGAGCAGCUCGAGCAGCUGCACGAGCUCUACCUCGACCACAACGCCAUCGCUCAGGUGUCCAACAGCACCUUCCGCAAGAUGAAGAGCCUCGAGCUGCUGCGGCUGAACAACAACCGCAUCGUCGACUUCCGCCCGUGGGAGGCGGUGAGCAACCAGCGGGCGAGCGUCAGCCUCGAGGGCAACGCCUGGAGCUGCGACUGCGCGAACGCCGCGCGCCUGCGGGCCUGGCUCGCCGAGCACCGGGGCCAGGACCUGGCCGAGCGCAUGUACUGCCGCGACGGCGUCGAGAGCAUCGCCCAGGCCAUCCAGCGCUGCGCGGCCGACCCCUCGACCGAGGCCGUCAGCAUCGGCGUCCACAACACCCCGCUGAUCGGCGGCAACUUCGUGCCCCUGCUCGCCGGCGCCCUCGUCGUCAUCAUCGCCGUCUGCCUCUUCGUCGCCCUGGGCUUCGCCUUCCGCCAGGACGUGCGGCUCUGGGCGCACGCGCGCUACGGCCUGCGCCUCGGCAAGCUCUCGAGCGGGCCGCGCGCCGAGGAGGAGCACGACCGUAUGUUCGACGGCUACGUCGUCUGCAGCGAGCGCGACGAGGACUUCGUCUCGCGCUGCCUGGCGCCCGAGCUCGAGCAGACCGGCCUGACGCUGUGCCUGCAGUGGCGCGACCUGGCCUCGACCCGGCCCCAGGACGCCCUCCUCCCGGGGGCUGCCGCGGCGAAGCGCAUCAUCCUCGCGCUCUCCCCGGUCUUCCUGGCCAACGAGUGGCAGGAGCCCGAGUUCCGCGCGGCCCUGCGCGCCGCCCUCGAGAGCAUCAGACCGACCUCCCGGCGGCGCCGCGUCAUCGUCCUGCUGGCGGCCGACAUCCCGAGCCGCGACCCCGAGCUCCAGCUCCUGCUGCAGACCUGCACCGUCAUCGUCUGGAGCGAGAAGCGCUUCUGGGAGAAGCUGCGCUUCGCCAUGCCCGACUCGCAGGACGGCAGCGGCUGCAGCGGCAAGCGCAAGCCCGGCCAGCAGCAACACCGGCUGCCCGAGCAGCGCAUACCCGCCCGUUACGGCACCGCGCCCACCGUCCUCGUCGACGCCUGGGCCUCGAAGCCGGUGGCGGCGGGCCCGGCGCCCGUCCACCAGCACCACCAGCACCACCAGCACCACCCGCACCACCCGCACCACCCGCACCACCAGCCCGCGCAGCAGCCAGCCCCGGGCGCCCUGCACGCGCCCACGCCCACGCCGACGCAGUCGACCUACGUGAGCUCGGCCUCGAGUCGCACCGAGGACGAGGACAGCGGCCACGAGCAGCACCAGCUGCAGCACCACCACCUGCAGCAGACGGCCGGCUACAGCGCGCUGCACCCCGGCGGCGCCCAGAGGCCCGCCAGCCUCUCCUCCAGGAGCAGCCACCUCUACAGCACCAUCCCGGAGCUCGCCGUCCAGGCGAACGCCUUCGGCGGCCCCGCCGGAAUGCCGAUGAACCCGCGUACUUACUUCGUCUAGGAGCGCAGCGGCUCUCAGUGCCCGACUCGACUGUAAAUAUCCGCGGAGCAGCGUAUAAUCGAAAGUUUCAUUGUUGUGCCAUUUCCACGAAGGCCUGCUGUCGAAAUCGAGUGCGCGCGUGUGAAUGCGUCUGUGAUUCGAGUGCCGAGUGAAAAGCGAGGCGAGGCGAGACGAGCCGCAUUGAAUACCCUCGGCGUCCUCACGAGUUGCCCGCUGAUGCAGCCGACUCACGGCGCAGCUCGUCCCUCUUUCUGUAUAACGUAUGUUAUAAGCGCGACGCCCAGAACGCAUUCCUCGCUCGCGCGCGGGCUGACCCUCGCUGCUUUUCGCAUAUCAUUGUAGAAACAAGACUGUUACUCUCUCUCUCUCUCUCUCUCUCUCUCUCUCUCUCUCUCUCUCUCUCUCUCUCUCUCUCUCUCUCUCUCUCUCUCUCUCCGUCUGCCUCUAACUCGCCGCGAGUGGGCGCGCGGAGAGGAGCCCCGAGCGCCCGGCCAGCGUCCGCACGGAGAAAGAAGCGGAGAAAAGGAGCGAGAGGAGAACGGUGCAGCGGCGUGUAACGCUAUUUUUAUUUCCUCCAGCCAGUCGACUCGUCUUCUUUUUACCGUACAUGGCCGGCCGCUUGUUCUCCUCCGGCCUGUUCUCUCUCACUUUUAAUGUCGCGCCGAAUCAAGAUCGAGUGACCGCAUUAAGCCGGCGAUUCGCGCGAGAUCUCGUUCCUAAGACUAUAUAUGUAUGCAUAUUAGCGCGCGCUCGCCUUCCGAAACAGACGCUUAUAUACACAGGCUCAAGAGAGCACGUUCCUCUUCUCUUCCUUUUGUAAAUAAAACGUCUCUUCUGUAUUAUAUUAAUUCGGUAUCGCGCGAACAACGACGAAUUUUGUACAUAGUCAACCGUCGUGUGAUCUUGCUGUGGAGCGAAUGCAUCGGGCGCAACAUUGUACGUUACUUCUGGAGUCGAGCAUACGUGUACGAAUUAUAGACGAACGACUAUGGGAGCGCUAACUCGACUGUAAUAAAUAUUGUAAUUUUAUUUUUUUCGAUAAAUUAUACGUACGCAUGUAAUUAUAUUAUAGAUGGUAAGCAAGCGAGCGGGGGAGCCGAGCGACGGCCUUCCUCUCGCGAAAUUUUUGUAAAUAGCGCAACUGCCGAUGAUCGAUUAUGAAUCGUUACGGCGGCACAAUCGUUGGUGCCGCUGCUGGCCGAUCGAUGUCUCUAUUGCAAAAUAUGACCUCGAAUGAAUUUAUUACAUAUAAGAAUUUAUCGAAUCCGGCUGCCGAGAGGCAGCAAGUCACACUGAAAGAAUAAAGAAGCAAUUUGUUAUAUGAAAA